GGAAUCACUGAAGACUAGAGAGAGAGAGAAGUGCAUCUGUCUGCAUUCCUUUGAACUCUGUUUCUUCUCAUUACCUCUUUGUUUUCUCUUAUUAUGUUCUCCCAUAUUAUUUUAAUAUUUUCCAUUAAAUUAAACAAUAGCUUGUGCUCUCCUCAAUCUGCUAAGCUCUGCUUUCGGUGACUGUUGGAGCUCCAAACCUCGUCGUUUUCUUUUGAUGGUCUCUCUGUUCUUUACUAUUUCACCUCACGUUCAUCGAGAUUAAUAAAUCCACAUCAUCAUCAUCAUCAAUAUCCUUUCAAGAAAUUUGCAGGGUGCAUUUCUGUUUUUGGGUCUCUUUCUUUCAACUUUCCCGCCCUCUCUCAUGAAAACUUUUCUCAUUGAGUAAAUGAUGAACAUUAGAGUUUGCACCUCACUUCAGUCCGAGAAAGUUCCUUUGAAUCCUCAAAAGGAGAAGAAGAUGGAAGUGCAUAGGAGCAAAUCACAGGGCGCCAAAAAAGCCCCGGUGAAUCGACGUCAAUCAAACAGAGAAAGAAAAUUGGCCUUACUCCAAGAUGUUGAUAAGCUAAAGAAGAAGCUAAGACAUGAAGAAAAUGUUCACAGAGCAUUAGAAAGAGCUUUUAAGAGACCUUUGGGAGCUCUUCCUCGUCUUCCUCCUUAUCUCCCUCCAUAUACACUAGAGCUUCUUGCUGAAGUAGCUGUUUUGGAGGAGGAAGUUGUUCGGCUCGAAGAACAGGUUGUCAAUUUUAGACAAGGUCUAUAUGAGGAAGCUGUCUAUAUAUCCCCAAGGAGUAAUGCGGAAAAUUCAUGUGAAGUUUUCUAUGGCUUGUCAACUAGAAGUUUCAAACAUGAGGAAUCCAGAUGUUUGUCACAAAAUGAAGCCAAUUCAGGAUCAUCUGCGGCAUGCCCCUCACCUUCUCCUGGCAGAAGUGCUUCAAGGAGAAGGCUACUUUCCUUUGACUCCGCCUCUGAUCGAAUCACGCAUUGGUCUGAUACGCCAGCAGAUGCAAAACAUGCUCUGAUAAAAUUCAGUUCUUCCUCAGAAGAUGAGCAAGGGAAAGAGAAUCGGUCUUGUUCUAAUUCUGCAAAGGACAAGCAAUCUCCAAAGAAAACCCCCAAAAUCGGAACUCCAGUGAAGAGAACUCCAACAAAGCCUGGAUCAGUUGAAAAAUGUAUUGAUCCUAUGAAGCUGCAGCUAGAGUGCAGAUUAGUAGACCAUGGAAGUGCACAAGAGAGAUCUUCAGAACACAGAAUGUUGGAAGCUGAAAGCACGCCAAACACAAUCUCUGAGGAUCUUUUGAAGUGCUUGUCUAGCAUUUUUUUGAGUUUGAGCACAUUGAAGGCCGCGACAAUACAAUCAGAGACUUCUCCCUCUCCAGGAGCAUUGGCUUCUAUGGGGAACAGUCGAAAAACAAAGUUGCAUGAUCCUUAUGGUAUCUGUUCAGAGUCCAGAAAAAGAGAUAUUGGUCCUUAUAAGCAUCUCUAUGAAAUUGAAUCUGCCUCAAUUGAUCUGAACCAAAAAACAAAUGAUUCAUUUCUGAUCCAUAGGCUAAAGCUCCUUCUUAGCAAGCUAGCCUCUGUCAAUUUAGAGGGCCUUACUCAUCAUCAAAAGCUGGCAUUCUGGAUAAACACUUACAAUUCCUGCAUGAUGAAUGCGUUUCUUGAGCAUGGAAUACCUGGAAGUCCAGAAAUGGUUGUAGCACUGAUGCGAAAGGGAACAAUUACUGUGGGGGGACACUUGCUAAAUGCAGUUACGAUUGAACAUUUCAUCUUGAGGCUGCCUUAUCACUUGGUAAAUGCUUGUCUAAAAACAGCUAAAAACGACGAGAUGAAGGCACGCAGUAUAUUUGGAUUGGAAUGGUCUGAACCAUUGGUCACAUUUGCACUCUCCUGUGGAAGCUGGUCCUCUCCUGCUGUGAGGGUAUACACUGCAUCCAAAGUUGAGAAUGAGUUGGAAGCCGCAAAGAGAGACUAUUUGCAGGCAGCAGUUGGCACUUCAACAACGAACAAGUUAAUAAUUCCCAAGCUAUUGGACUGGUAUCUGCUUGACUUUGCCAAGGACUUGCAAUCACUGCUGGAUUGGCUCUGCCUGCAGCUACCUAACGAACUCAGAAACGAAACACUUAGAUCCCUUGAGAGAAGCGGAAGAGAGCCUCUUUCACAAAUAGUUCAAGUAAUGUCUUAUAAUUUCAGUUUCAGGUACCUCAUACAGCAAUAGAAGAUACUACAUUUUAUAUGAAAUUCUUGUAUACUACUUUGGAAUGGCAGGUCCAUGUACUGACAGUAAAAAAACUACAUAUAUAAUAUAGCAUUGCAAGAAACUGUAAUUGGUUUUGGAUA